AUGGCCAACGAAGGAUUAGAAAAACUCACUGAAGUUCCAGUAGAGUUCUUUAAGGACGGUUCCGCAUUUGUCAAGAAAUGUCACAAGCCUGAUCAAAAGGAAUACUUAAAGAUUGUCAAGGCUGUUGGUGUUGGGUUCAUUAUGAUGGGUGUUGUCGGUUAUGCUGUUAAAUUGUUGCAUAUCCCAAUUAGAUACUUGAUUGUUUAA